ACUUCAUCGAUUUCGGCAGCAAGCGCACGGACACAUUCAACUUCGGCAGUGCGAGCUCAGACUACACCACCUUCGGCAGCGACGACUACGCAGACUACACCACCAACAUCGGCAACGACAACAACUCAGACUUCACCUUCGCCAGCGCCAGCUCAAACUCCACAUACACGUUCGGCAGCGACACCUCAGACUACAUCAACUUCGGCAGCGACAGCUCAGACUACAUCAAUUUCGGCAGCGACAACUCGGACUACUACGAGCGCGACGUCGGCAACGUCGACAUCAACGGCAUGGCUUUGGAGGACGUCCUGGUAGAUUUCGAGCCCCUCCAGUGCGACGAGGGCGUCGGCAUCGGCGACCAGCAGCACGAGGGCGGGCAGGUGCAGAUCUCGGAUUUAGAUCACUGGGAGGAGUUGGAGUUGGAGGAUGCCAGGGCGGGCAAGGACAAGAAGAUCAAGGAGGAGUUGCGGCGGCAGUUGAAGGAUGAGAAGUCCAGCCAUCAGUCCAUCAUCAGGAACGUGGCGGUCAUGUGUCCAGGCGCGGCAAUGAUCACUGGGGCGCCAGCGGCUGCAUUGGGCAGGAAGCGCAAGCUUCAGGCGAGCGAUUUUCAGUUAGCAACGAGGGCAGUGUUCGCUAAAUGCAAGACGAAGGUGCAGAUGGGCGUUAACCAGAAGCGCAUGCAGACGGUGGGCUGCGCAGUCAUCAAGCUUCGUCAGCAGAGAGCUCUACAGCAUUGCCUUCAGAAAGCUGCAGGUGCGAGUUGCAACGCCAACCACGUUGUCAACAUGUCGGUAGCUCACAUGUGGGACGAGGUGGAGGUGAAGCAGGCGUGGCGCCCAUCACCGAAGUAUCGCAUCAUGAGGAAGAACGUCCGCAUGCCAACAUUGAUAGCACGCUCAACCAUCAACAUCUCCCUCGCCGACUUGUCUCGGAAGCGCCAGAAGAUGUUCCAGCAGUAUUGGCUAUCUCAGCCCUCAGAGGUCAGUGGAUCAAAGGCGCACGAUCUACUUCCAGGCAUCGAGCGGAGCAUGCCCCCAUCGGUUAACUUCAAGGACACGUCUCAGAUCGUGGACACGCUUUCCAAGGUGUCGAGCCUGACGUUCAUGCCCAUGUGCGACAAGGCCAGCAGCAACGUAUCCAUAUUGAAACAGUGGGCGCGGACCGAGAUGGCUAUCAAGCAGGAGUGCUCAGACUGCAUCGGGAAGCGGCUACUCUUUUUUCCUGACACAUGUGGUAUACACUCUCACCACAGAGGCAAGCUCGCGGUCAAAGGGCUAAAGCCUCAUACCAUGAGGCACUACUCGAUUGCGUCGAUGUCGAGGUACAAAGGCAACCUCUCGCGUUGCAUCAAUGGCAUCGAGCAGAUCGUCCAGCAGAAACUUCAUCGAGAAGUUGGCCCAGCCCCUCCGUGGCCCCACACGCUGGAGCAGGUUGCCGACAUGUUCUACGACUUCAGGGCCGAACAUCACAGACGACCAGGCAAAGCGGGCAAGGGCGACGGCAAGUCCCAGUACAUCCAGGACGUGGACGCACUGGUCGCCAUGGCCAACGGCAACCUCAGCGCCGACACUUGGGUCCACCACUGCUGGGACGCCGCGCGCGACCGACCGUGCUGCAAGAAUCGAGCUGAGGCGGUGGAGAAGAUGACCAUUGCCACCGUGCACGCCAUGUACGGGAGCUCCGACCCUCGCCCUGCGGAGUCUCGAUGGACUCAUACUGUGCCUGGCUUCAAGCGGACUUUGGUACGCAGACUUCUUCACAGAGUUGGCCUCGACUGCUUCGUUGAUACAAUUCCAGAGAAGGAUCUCGAGGACGUCCAGGGGCUUGGUGUAGAGCAGGAGGGCUCCGACGACUACUUCAAGCACGUCAUCCGCGUUCGGGCUAGGAAGGUCAGGGACUACUACGCCGACGACCGCAACAUGCACCAGCUCGUCGUGUACGUCGCCAUCCUCGACAUCGCAGACGGCAAUUUGCUUUACCCUCUUCUCGGGGAUGCGAUCGAGGCGAAGCCUGAGGAUAAGAGCAAGUUAGACAAGCUUCUCGACGAGGACUCCGUGAUUGGCAAGUUUGGCGAAGACAUGCUAGAUCUCAUAGACAGGUGGAACACUGGGGACCCAUCGAGGCGGCCUUGGAUGUUGUUGGAUAUCUUGAAUGCACCAUUGGAGGACCAGAAGUUUUCGAGAUGGGCGAGGGGGCAGAUUCUCAAGACCAAUUCGGUGAUGGCCCGCAGGUACGAGACACGCUUCAGCACUUGGCCGUACAAGCUCUACCCCUUAUCGCAUGGCCGCGCUUCAGAUGCUGACAGACAGAGGAUUGCUCACGAAACACUUCAGGCACCUGACUACAUGAUCGACUGCUAUACGAGAGGUAUUCGCAAUCUGUUCGCCACUGAGGACGCUUUGCAAUCAUUGCCGUGCCAAUAUGUGUUGGCUUCUGACUUUCGGGCGCACUGCUAUGGGACGGACAUGAUCGAGAGGCUGAACUCGCAGUAUACCGCCAAUCAUCCUAUUCGAGCGCCAGGCCGAAACUCCAUCAACGCUGAGCGCGAGCAUUUCCUCGACCAGGUCAGCAACAUUCACAAGUCGAACGGCGGCGACAAGCCGACUGCAAUCGUCAGCUUGAAAGAUUCGGCGUCGGAAGAAGUUAUUUCGUGCAUGCCUCUUCUGGGUGGCGCCCCUCUCGGAUCUAUGCCACUUCUUGCAGCUGUCGAAGAUGCUCCCAUGGCGCCUGGGCUUCAUGCGAUCGAAGAUGCGCCCGCACUCUUGCCGCUCGAAGAUGCGCCAGCACUGUUGCCGAUCGAAGGUGCGAUGCCAGCAGCGGCACCUGCGGCAGAGGGCAGGCACUUCGAGGAGGCCAUCGUCGCUCGGAUCCCGAACCCGAACCAGCUGCAGGGCGCCGCGGAGAAAGCUAAGAAGAGCGAAGGCAACAGACGUGGCCUUAGCGCAUUCAUGCUUGGACAAAACAAGUUCCUCGCAGAUGCCAAGGCAGCGAAGGGCGCAGGGAUGACGCAGGACGAGGUCGACCAGCACAGGGCCAGGUUCGCGGAGUUGUUUGCAGAGGCCGACCAGGAUAUCUACCAGGAGGCGUACGUCAACUGGCAGCACAGUGAACGACCAGCUCAGCAACAACGACAACAACUCCAACCAUAUCAGCUGUGGUGGGGCGGUGGUAGCCGCGCGAGCCCCUUCACGCCAGAUGAGCUCUGCAACUACGUCUUGCAGCACGGAUGGCCGAGCGAUGCUAUAGUAUACGACACGGACGGGACGCAGAGGAGGACAUCCGCUGACUUCCAGACCGACUUCAAGGACUCCGACACGUUGGAUCCAUGGGGGGCGGCGCGUUCAGCGAGGAACGCCGACAGGCGGAACUCUCGAGCCCCAGGUGCUUAUGAGAUUGUGGAGAAGGGGAUCUACAACUUCCUUCUCUCCAUUGGCGCUGGCAAGGACGAGGACGAUGCAUGGGACGUGAUGUUGAUCAUAUCUGGGCGAGCCGUUCACGGUGAGGGGUACAUGAGGUUUGCGAGCCUCGUGUCGGACAUCACGUUCAACCCACGCGUUUUCGACAUUACGAAGAACGAGUUCGAGAAGCCUGAG